AUGGGAGACCUUUCAAUUGUAUUGACUGCGCCUAACGGCCAGAAGUGGACUCAGCCAACCGGCCUGUUCAUCAACAACGAAUUCGUUCCCUCAUCCUCCGGGCAGACCAUUCCUGCCAUCGAUCCAGCGACCGAAGAAGAAAUCGCGAGAGUUCAUGCAGCGACCGAAGACGAUGUCGAUAAGGCCGUUAAGGCCGCCGCUGCGGCGCUGAAGGCGCCCUCCUGGAAGGCGCUGUCGGCUUCAGACAGAGGCAUACUCAUGGCCCGUCUUGCGGACCUAAUGGAGUCGAAUAAGGAAUUGCUCGCAACCAUCGACGCUUGGGAUAACGGCAAGACAUACCAAGAGGCAUUGACAAACGACAUGGUCGAAGCCGUCGGAGUUAUCCGCUACUACAGCGGUUGGUGCGACAAGAUCUUUGGCCAGACGAUCAGCCUGCCAAACAAGUUCGCCUACACCGUCCGCCAGCCCGUUGGGGUUGUAGGUCAAAUCAUUCCGUGGAACUAUCCCAUAUCAAUGGCAACAUGGAAGCUCGGUCCCGCGCUAGCCUGCGGAAAUACCGUUGUUCUGAAGGCCGCUGAACAGACUCCCCUUAGCAUUCUGGUCUUCGGUCGCCUCAUCAAGGAAGCCGGCUUCCCGCCAGGCGUCGUGAACUUCAUCAAUGGUCUGGGUAAAGAUGCUGGUGCAGCCCUCGUCUCCCAUCCCUUGGUUGAUAAAGUCGCGUUUACGGGAUCAACGGCGACCGCGACCAACAUCAUGAAGAUGGCAUCUGCAACACUGAAGAACAUCACCCUCGAGACGGGCGGGAAAUCGCCGCUGUUGGUCUUCAACGACGCGGAUCUCGAGCAGGCUGUUCGGUGGUCACACAUGGGCAUCAUGUCCAACCAAGGGCAAAUUUGCACAGCCACGUCACGAAUUCUCGUGCAGCAGGAUAUAUACGACAACUUUGUCGCGAGAUUCAUCGACGAGGUCCACAAGACAAGUAAAGUCGGCAACCAGUGGGAUGCCGAAACCUACCAGGGCCCGCAAGUUUCGAAGCAGCAAUACGAUCGCAUCAUGUCCUACUUCCAGAUCGGCCGUGAUGAAGGAGCUACAAUCAAGACUGGCGGCGAAAGGCCGACGCAUCUGGGCGAUAAGGGUUACUAUGUUGAGCCGACCGUCUUCACCGACGUCAAGAGCGACAUGAAGAUAUGGCGCGAGGAAAUCUUCGGCCCCGUCGUCGUGAUCCAAAAGUUUGGCGACGAGGCCGAGGCGGUGUCGAUUGCCAAUGACAGUGUCUAUGGCCUCGGCGCAGCAGUCUUCACGACAAACUUGGAAAAGGCCCAUCGCGUGGCUGCUGAGAUCGAGGCGGGUAUGGUUUGGGUAAAUAGCACACAGGACUGUGAUCCAAGGGUCCCCUUUGGCGGCGUGAAGCAGAGCGGCAUCGGACGGGAGCUUGGUGAGGCGGGGCUUGACGCGUACAGCCAGAUUAAGGCGGUUCAUGUGAACAUGGGCAACAAGCUCUAG